AUGGCAGCCAUAAACAGUGGCAACUUGGGCCAAGUGCACCAAAAUAUCGCCGCCGGCGAGACGCUCAAUACAACCGCACUCGAUUCUGUCGAUGACCUGCAAACUCUGCUGUGGGACUGGGCGGAUUCAAAGGGAGAAAGCCCAAUGGAAGACGCUGGCUUUCACGCCCGACGGUACGGUCCUCUGCCACCCACUCUUGCAACUUAUAUGGUGGGUGAGUUGGCCCAGUCGCCGGAAGUGAACGAGAGGUUGAGCGACGAGUUGGAACUUCGAAAUGGCGACGAGCUGCUCAGAUACAAGAUCAAAGUGAUUCGAAACUCCUUUCUCUGGCUGAAUGAGCUGAUGGGGCUGCGUCACUGGGUUGGGAAGCUGACCUUCGACCCUCGGGAUAACGACAAGCAGAUUGAGGACCGCGUGAGAAUGAGGCUUCGUUGGUUAACAUCAGGACGAACGAGAGAACUCUGCGAGCAGCCUGCAUUAGCCAGACCACUGACAGAGAAUGAAAAGUCUGGGGUGGAAAACCUCUGGGGCCUGUUUGACGGCAACGAGUGGCUGCCUAUCCGGUCUGCCUUGUGCCCGGCGAGGCUGGAUCCAGAGCGGAACUGGGAGGAUGCGCGGCCGAGGCUGCUGGAAAUCGUUGAUAUUUUGCAAUAA